AUGUCCAUCAGCUCUGACCCCGCCUAUAUCGACAUCGAUUUAUCCAACGAAGAUCACGUUCUCAGCAUCAACGUCAACAUCGCCAAGAACAUAUCCUCUUCCGACGAGACGUAUACCUUUAACGAUAUCACCGCCGUUCCUGGGUCUGGCUAUGUUUUGAAUCUCAAAGAUGCGGCCAGUGGCAACAUUGAAGCUCAGUCUGAGGAGUUUAGUGUUGUGACUCUAGGUAGUUCGAACGUUACGUCCGGGGGUGACAGCUCAGCUGGCGGAAACUCCACUAGCCAGGACGAUGACGAUAAUGCUGCUGGGCGUUUUAAUACGCAAUCUACCUUGGGGAUUUGCUUUGUCACGGUGAUUAUCGCUGCUGGUUGGUUUUGA